CUCUCUUUCUUGACGCAUCCAAUCUCACAAUCAUCUCCCUCUUCACCUCCUUCGCCUCGUCAAUUUUUGUCACCCAUCCCAACCAGUGCCCCGAACUCCGACUUGGGAAGAAAAACCUGCCCUCCAAUGCGACCAUUAUCUAAAAUAAAGAGUCGCCAGCACGAGUCCAGACUACCACGCUACGCCAAGCCAUCGCAUUUCAUAUCCCACCAACCUCACUUCCAUACGCAGGCCAAGCCCAAGCUCCUCCCUCACCGAAAACAUUCCGACUAUUUUAGCUGGUAGUGUUGGAGUUGCUGUACCCAAAAAAUGGGACGAGAAAAACGAGCUGAGGAAGCCCUAAUCCUCCUUCGAAGCCGCCUCUGCAACCCUAAUUUCAUCUUCACUUCUCUCUCUGACUCUCCCGACAGCAACUACAGUAAGUUGAAGUUUAUAGUAUCAAGUUCGGUUACUGAGGCAUGUAACAACUCAGUUCUGCUUCUUGGUCCCCGUGGCUGUGGAAAAAUUGCGGUGUUGGAGCUUGUUAUUGAAGAUCUAUUGAAAGAGUAUCCUGACAUGAUAUUAGUGAUAAAGCUGAAUGGACUUUUACACAGUGAUGACAAUUGCGCACUUAAGGAAAUUUCCAGACAAUUAUGUGUGGAACAUCAAUUGUUGUUCUCAAAAAUGGCAUCAUUUGAUGAUAACACCCAGUUCAUGAUAGCAAUGUUAAGGGAGUGUGGAUUAGUUCAUAAAACAGUUAUUUUUGUACUGGAUGAAUUUGACCUCUUUGCGCAGGGUAAACAACGAUUGCUCUAUAGCUUGCUAGAUGCAAUGCAGUCUGUAACAUCACAAGCUAUUGUAAUUGGUGUCAGUUGCCGACUGGAUGCUGAUCAGCUCUUGGAAAAAAGAGUAAGGUCUCGUUUCUCACAUAGGAAACUGUUGUUUCUUCCUCCCUCAAAGGAAGAUUUGCAGAGACUGUUAAAGCACAUUUUAGUAUUGCCAACAGAUUCAAGCCUUCCUCAUGACUAUGUAGUUGAGUUCAAUGCCAAGCUUCUUAAUGUAUUGGCCGAGGAGAGAUUCAAACAACUUAUUGAUGCAUUAUCAAAUUCUGAUUCCACAUACAACCAUCUUUUGAGGUUUCUGUUCUCUGCUGUUAGUCAUAUGGAUUUGGAUUUUGGGUUCCUAUCACUAGAGAACUUCAAAGCUGCCCUUUCAAGUAUCCAAAGGCAGCCAAAGGUGGAAUGUUUAAAAGAUUGCUCCGUUCUUGAACUCUACAUACUGGUCUGCAUGAGGAGGUUAGAAGUAAAAGAGCAAGAAUCAUACAACUUCAAUUCUGUAAUGAAAGAAUACAAAAGCAUACAUGAUUCAUUCCAAACAUCUGAUUACUAUGCACGAAAUGUAUGCUUACGGGCAUUUGAGCACCUUUUAGAACGUGAAUUAAUCUCUUUUAUGGACAACAGAGGGCACAAUCAAUCUGUUGAAUUUCGCCCCGUGAAGCUCCUAAUCUCAUACCAUGAACUAUAUCAAGGGUUGAAAUCAUAUCGGUCUUGUCCGGCAAUUCUUCAGAAAUUAAUUAAUCGCGAAGGUUGAAACAGCUAAAGGGAUUCAUUGAUGGUGUUACAAGCCCGACCAGGCAUUGGCUCGUGCCUCAAAUUUGUUUGGGAGACUUCAAGAUCAGAGAUAGUCUAACCAAUCUGGUGCUGACCUAAAUGCCAUCCUAAACGAGGGAGAUUCUCUUAACUGCUAACAUUUGUAAUGUUUUUCAUUUCAUUCUUUUAUCUAUUUAUUUUUUCCUCAAUGGUAGUGCUACUAUCUUUCCUAUUUUAUUCGAAUUAAAUAUAAAAUUUACUUGGAUGUCUUCCUAAAUCAAUAAUAAUAAAAUAUGUUUAUUAUUUUCUUAGGUAA